GCGUGCCCGGGGGGCCUUCCUGGAGGAGGCGGCGCGGGGAAAGCGCUGCCCGGCGCCCUCCGCGCGUCCUACCCAUCUCCUGGCCCCUCCCCCGGCCCCCUAGCUCCUCAAGCGUGGGAGUUGGGGGGCUUUUUCCGUCCCAUCCUCUGGGCCUGGUGUGGGGCAGGGACGCAUCAGGCGCCGAGAUUUGGGAACAGGGAUGGUGCUCCUGGCGGCCUUUGAACCUCCUCGGGAAGUUUCCCGUGAUCUUCUCCCCGCGAGGGUCCCGUGCCCAGCUGUCUGGGGGGCAGGGGACAGCUGUGAAUGUCCCCCCGCCCCCAGCCCUGCUUCAGGCUCUCCCAGCACCGGCUGGACGCUCUGGAGAUGGAUGGACGGUGGCUGCCGAGGUGCGGAAGCAGGUGUCCCGGGAACGCAGUGGCUCUCCCCACUCCAGCAGGCGCUGCAGCAGCUCCCUGGGGGUCCCACUGACUGAAGUCAUUGAGCCACUGGACUUUGAGGAUGUGCUCCUGAGCCGGCCGCCAGAUGCAGAGCCUGGGCCGCUCCGGGACCUGGUCGAGUUUCCAGCUGAUGACCUGGAGCUGCUGCUGCAGCCCCGGGAAUGCCGCACCACGGAGCCUGGGAUCCCCGAGGAUGGAAAGCUGGAUGCCCAGGUGAGGGCUGCCUUGGAGAUGUACACGGAGGACUGGAUAAUCGCCCACAGGAGGUACCAGCACCUGAGUGCAGCAUACAGCCCCAUCACCCUAGAGACGCAGCGAGAGAGGCAGAAGGGCCUCACCCGCCAGGUCUUCGAACAGGACGCUUCUGGGGAUGAGAGGUCCAGCCCGGACGACUCGGAUGACCCCCGGCACUCCUCAGGCUCCCCAGACGACACCCCACGAAGCAGUGGUGCCUCUGGCAUCUUCGACCUGAGGAACUUGGCAGCCGACUCAUUGCUGCCCUCACUGCUAGAGCGCGUGGCCCCGGAGGAUGUGGACCGGCGCAAUGAGGCCCUGCGGCGGCAGCACCGGUCCCGUGCCCUGCUCACCCUCUACCCGGCGCCCGACGAGGAUGAGGCCGUGGAACGCUGCAGCCGCCCGGAGCCACCCCGAGAGCACUUUGGACAGAGGAUCCUGGUCAAGUGUCUGUCGCUUAAGUUCGAGAUAGAAAUCGAGCCCAUCUUUGGCAUCUUGGCCCUGUACGACGUGCGGGAGAAGAAGAAGAUCUCGGAGAACUUCUACUUUGACCUGAACUCAGACUCCAUGAAGGGGCUACUGCGGGCCCAUGGCACCCAUCCUGCCAUCUCCACCCUGGCCCGCUCUGCCAUCUUCUCCGUGACCUAUCCCUCGCCCGACAUCUUCUUGGUCAUCAAGCUGGAGAAGGUGCUGCAGCAGGGGGACAUCAGCGAGUGCUGCGAGCCCUACAUGGUGAUGAAGGAGGUGGACACAGCCAAGAACAAAGAGAAGCUAGAGAAGCUGCGCCUGGCGGCUGAGCAGUUCUGCACCCGUCUGGGCCGCUACCGCAUGCCCUUUGCCUGGACGGCGGUGCACCUGGCCAACAUUGUGAGCAGCGCGGGCCAGUCGGACCGGGACUCGGACUCGGAGGGCGAGCGCCGACCCACUUGGACUGACCGCCGCCGUCGGGGGCCCCAGGACCGGACGAGUAGCGGGGACGACGCCUGCAGCUUCUCCGGCUUCCGCCCAGCCACGCUAACUGUCACCAACUUCUUUAAGCAGGAAGCUGAGCGGCUCAGUGAUGAGGACCUCUUCAAGUUCCUGGCUGACAUGCGGCGCCCGACAUCCCUGUUGCGGCGCCUGCGGCCCGUGACCGCCCAGCUCAAGAUUGACAUCUCCCCAGCCCCUGAGAACCCCCACUUCUGCCUCUCCCCGGAGCUGCUUCAUGUCAAGCCCUACCCAGACCCCAGGGGUCGGCCCACCAAGGAGAUUCUGGAGUUCCCCGCCCGUGAGGUCUACGCCCCCCACACCAGCUACAGGGGCCGCGUGGGGCAUGGCAGCAUCCCCCGGUGCGUGACUGGUCCUCAGUUCCACCCAGACAGGUCUCAGGCUGGGAGCGCCGCCGUGUGGAGUCUGGGAGGGAGGAACCUGCUGUACGUGUACCCGCACAGCCUCAACUUCAGCAGCCGCCAGGGCUCCGUGCGCAACCUCACUGUGCGAGUGCAGUACAUGGCGGGCGAGGACCCCAGCCAGGCCCUGCCGGUCAUCUUUGGCAAGUCCAGCUGCAGCGAAUUCACCCGCGAGGCCUUCACACCAGUGGUCUACCAUAACAAGUCCCCUGAAUUCUACGAGGAAUUUAAGCUGCGUCUCCCGGCCUGUGUGACUGAGAACCACCACCUGCUGUUCACCUUCUACCACGUCAGCUGCCAGCCCCGGCCAGGCACGGCCCUGGAGACUCCUGUGGGCUUUACUUGGAUCCCACUGCUGCAGCACGGCCGCCUGAGGACCGGCCCCUUCUGCCUCCCUGUGUCCGUGGAUCAGCCCCCGCCCAGCUACUCCGUGCUCACACCGGACGUGGCGCUGCCGGGCAUGCGCUGGGUGGAUGGCCACAAGGGUGUGUUCAGCGUGGAGCUCACGGCUGUGUCGUCUGUGCACCCCCAGGACCCCUACCUGGACAAAUUCUUCACCCUGGUGCACGUCCUGGAGGAAGGGGCCUUUCCAUUCCGGCUCAAGGAUGCCGUGCUGAGCGAGAGCACCGUGGAACAGGAGCUGCGGGCCAGCCUGGUGGCCCUGCGACUCGCCAGCCCUGAACCCCUUGUCGCCUUCUCCCACCACGUACUGGACAAGCUCGUACGCCUGGUCGUGCGGCCCCCCGUCAUCGGCGGCCAGAUCGUAAACCUGGGUCGUGUAGCCUUUGAAGCAAUGGCUCAUGUAGUCAGCCUCGUCCACCGGAGCCUGGAGGCUGCCCAGGAUGCCCGUGGUCACUGCCCACUGCUGGCUGCCUAUGUCUACUAUGCCUUCCGACUGCCUGGCACGGAGCCCAGCCUCCCAGGCGGGGCCCCUCCAGUGACGCUGCAGCCUGCCACGCUGGCCCAUGGCCCUGGCCGCCCCGCAAGCCUCUACCUGGCCCGCUCUAAGAGUAUCAGCAGCAGCAACCCUGACCUGGCCGUGGCCCCUGGCUCCGUGGAUGACGAGGUCUCCCGCAUCCUGGCCAGCAAGGGUAUCGACCGCUCACACUCCUGGGUGAAUUCUGCUUAUGCUCCAGGAGGCAGCAAGGCGGUGCUGCGACGGGCACCCCCUUAUUGUGGGGCCGACCCCAGACAGGCCAUCGACCGCAGCUCUAGCCGAACCUCUUCCUACCUCGAGGGCUCCUCCUCGACCCCACCAGCCACCCAGCCAAGACCCACUGUGCAGAAGCUGCUUCACGAGGAGCUGGCCCUGCAGUGGGUGGUCAGCGGCAGUGCCGUGCGCGAGGCUGUCCUGCAGCAUGCCUGGUUCUUCUUCCAGCUCAUGGUGAAAAGCAUGGCGCUGCACCUGCUUCUGGGCCAGAAGCUGGACACACCCCGCAAGCUUCGCUUCCCUGGGCGCUUCCUGGAUGACAUUGCUGCCCUGGUGGGCUCUGUGGGCCUGGAGGUCAUCACCCGCGUCCACAAGGACGUGGAGCUGGCCGAGCACCUCAACGCCAGCCUGGCCUUCUUCCUCAGUGAUCUGCUGUCCCUGGUGGACCGCGGCUUUGUCUUCAGCCUGGUCCGGGCUCACUACAAGCAGGUGGCCACACGGCUGCAGUCGGCUCCCAACCCGGCGGUGCUGCUGACCCUGCGCAUGGACUUCACCCGCAUCCUAUGCGGCCACGAGCACUACGUGACCCUCAACCUCCCUUGCUGCCCCCUGUCACCCCCGGCCUCACCCUCGCCCUCCAUAUCUUCCACCACCUCGCAGAGCUCCACCUUUUCCAGCCAGGCCCCAGACCCCAAGGUGAUCAGCAUGUUCGAGCUGAGUGGGUCGUUCCGGCAGCAGCACUUCCUGGCUGGGCUCCUGCUGACGGAACUGGCCCUGGCCCUGGAACCUGAGGCCGAGGGGGCGUCCCUGCUGCACAAGAAGGCCAUCAGUGCUGUCCACAGCCUGCUCUGUGGCCAUGAUGCUGACCCCCGCUACGCCGAGGCCACUGUGAAGGCCCGGGUGGCCGAGCUAUACCUGCCACUGCUGUCACUGGCGCGGGACACACUGCCACGGCUGCAUGACUUUGCUGAGGGACCAGGUCAGCGGUCAAGACUGGCCUCUAUGCUCGACUCAGACACAGAAGGGGAAGGGGACAUGGGAGGCACCAUCAACCCCUCAGUGGCCAUGGCCAUCGCUGGUGGCCCCCUGGCCCCUGGUUCCCGGGUCAGCAUCUCCCAGGGCCCAGCGACCGCUGCUCGCUCGGGCUGUGCCCUCUCCGCCGAGUCUAGUCGGACCUUGCUGGUGUGUGUGCUGUGGGUCUUGAAGAAUGCUGAGCCAGCCCUGCUGCAGCGCUGGGCUGCGGACCUGGCCCUCCCUCAGCUGGGUCGUCUCUUGGACUUGCUGUACCUCUGUCUGGCUGCCUUUGAAUACAAGGGGAAAAAGGCCUUUGAACGUAUCAACAGUCUCACGUUCAAGAAGUCACUGGACAUGAAGGCCCGGCUGGAGGAAGCUAUCUUGGGCACCAUCGGAGCCCGACAGGAGAUGGUGCGACGGAGCCGUGAGAGGAGCCCAUUUGGGAACCAGGAGAAUGUACGCUGGCGGAAGAGCGUCACACACUGGAGACAAACCUCGGACCGUGUGGACAAGACCAAGGAUGAAAUGGAACACGAGGCCUUGGUGGACGGGAACCUGGCAACCGAGGCAAGCCUGGUGGUCCUGGAUACACUGGAGAUCAUCGUGCAGACGGUGAUACUGUCAGAGGCCCGGGAGAGUAUCUUGGGCGCGGUACUGAAGGUUGUGUUGUACAGUCUGGGCAGUGCCCAGAGUGCCCUCUUCUUGCAGCACGGCCUGGCCACACAGCGGGCCCUGGUAUCCAAGUUCCCAGAGCUGCUGUUUGAGGAGGACACAGAGCUGUGUGCCGACCUCUGCUUGAGGCUCCUGCGACACUGCGGCAGCCGCAUCAGCGCCAUCCGUACGCACGCCAGCGCCUCCCUCUACCUCCUCAUGCGCCAGAAUUUCGAGAUUGGCAACAACUUUGCCCGCGUGAAGAUGCAAGUGACCAUGUCGCUUUCGUCCCUGGUGGGGACAACGCAGAACUUCAGCGAAGAGCACCUGCGACGUUCACUCAAGACCAUCCUCACCUAUGCCGAGGAGGAUGUGGGGCUGCGGGACAGCACCUUUGCUGAGCAGGUCCAGGACCUGAUGUUCAACUUGCACAUGAUCCUGACUGACACGGUGAAGAUGAAGGAGCAUCAGGAGGACCCGGAAAUGCUCAUUGACCUCAUGUACAGGAUUGCCCGGGGCUACCAGGGCUCCCCAGACCUGCGGCUGACAUGGCUGCAGAACAUGGCGGGGAAGCACGCGGAGCUGGGCAACCACGCGGAGGCUGCGCAGUGCAUGGUUCACGCGGCCGCCCUGGUGGCCGAGUACCUCGCUCUGCUGGAGGACAGCCGCCACCUGCCUGUGGGCUGUGUUUCCUUCCAGAACAUCUCGUCCAACGUGCUGGAGGAGUCCGCCAUCUCUGACGACAUCCUGUCGCCUGAUGAGGAGGGCUUCUGUUCCGGGAAGCACUUCACGGAGCUGGGGCUGGUGGGGCUGCUGGAACAGGCGGCCGCCUACUUCACCAUGGGUGGGCUCUACGAGGCAGUGAAUGAGGUCUACAAGACCCUCAUCCCCAUCCUGGAAGCCCACCGCGACUACAAGAAGCUGGCUGCUGUGCACGGCAAACUGCAGGAGGCCUUCACCAAGAUCAUGCACCAGAGCUCCGGCUGGGAGCGUGUGUUCGGGACAUAUUUCCGCGUGGGCUUCUACGGUGCCCGCUUUGGUGACCUAGAUGAACAGGAGUUCGUGUACAAGGAGCCAUCCAUCACGAAGCUGGCCGAGAUCUCACACCGGCUGGAGGAGUUCUACACGGAGAGAUUUGGGGAGGACGUGGUCCAGAUCAUCAAAGAUUCUAACCCUGUGGACAAGACCAAGCUGGACCCCCAGAAGGCCUACAUCCAGAUCACGUACGUGGAGCCGCACUUCGACACCUAUGAGCUCAAGGACCGGGUGACCUACUUCGACCGCAACUACGGGCUGCGAACCUUCCUGUUCUGCACGCCCUUCACGCCGGACGGGCGCGCACACGGAGAGCUGCCCGAGCAGCACAAGCGCAAGACGCUGCUCAGCACAGACCAUGCCUUCCCCUACAUCAAGACACGAAUCCGCGUGUGCCACCGGGAGGAGACAGUGCUGAUGCCAGUAGAGGUGGCCAUUGAGGACAUGCAGAAGAAGACUCGGGAGCUGGCCUUCGCCACCGAGCAGGACCCGCCUGAUGCCAAAAUGCUGCAGAUGGUGCUGCAGGGCUCCGUGGGGCCCACUGUAAACCAGGGUCCACUGGAGGUGGCCCAGGUGUUUUUGGCCGAGAUCCCGCAAGACCCUAAGCUCUUCAGGCAUCACAACAAGCUGCGGCUCUGUUUCAAGGACUUCUGCAAGAAGUGCGAGGAUGCGCUGCGGAAGAACAAAGCCCUGAUUGGGCCGGACCAGAAGGAGUACCACCGUGAGCUGGAGCGCAACUACUCCCGCCUGCGGGAGGCUCUGCAGCCUCUGCUCACCCAGCGCCUGCCUCAGCUGCUGGCGCCAAACACAGCCGGCUUCAGGAACUCCUUGAACAGAGCAAGUUUCCGGAAGGCUGACCUCUGAGCCCACGGGGCCUGAAGCCACACCCAGAGGAACCAGCACCCUGGACUCAGCUGUCUGUGCCUUCCUGACAGUCUCCCCCACUGCCCACUCAGCCAUGGGGUGACCACAUCACACAUGGGUCUGGGCCCUCUGUCCCUCUGUUCCCGUCUGUGUGCACUGAUGCCUCUUACCUUUUCUAAUUUAAAAUGGUUUUUAUAAACA